ACGUUUGCUCAUUUCUCUCAUCACGAAUCAGACGGGCUGUAACUUGUUGCACACCAAAGUGUUCAUCUUCAAACUACAGGUUUGAAGUUGAUCCAGGAUGCAGUCCUACCUCGUGCUGUUGCUGGGCAUUAUGGCCUCUGCUGCUUCAGCCGAAUGGAGGCGUCCAGUGAUCAGGUUCAACUCGAAGGUGGUGGAGAGCUCUGAGGUGGUGGUCCGACCCGGGGUCCCUCUGGAUCUGAGGUGUGAAGGUGAUGGGCCUGUUAACUGGCAAACCAGGCUGUCCAAGCACAGACGCUUUCUUUCCAGGAGCAACAGGAACGUCUGCAGCUUAAAGGUGGAACGUCCCACUGCAGAAUUCACCGGAACAUACAAGUGUUUUUACACUACUGGGUCACAACGUCGUGAGCUGAUCUCUUCAGUGCAUGUGUAUGUAAAAGAUCCAAACCGAGUGUUCUGGACCAGCAGCACGUCCCUGCGAGUGGUGAGGAAGGAGGGUGAGGAUUACCUGCUGCCCUGCCUGCUGACCGACCCCACAGCCACAGAUCUGGGUUUCCGCAUGGACAACGGGACUACCGUGCCACCAGGAAUGAACUUCACUGUCGACAAACACCGUGGGAUUCUCAUCUACGGCCUCCACCCGAGCUUUAACGCUGACUAUGUCUGCACAGCCAAAGUCAAUGGAGUGGAAAGGACCUCCAGGGCCUUUUCCAUCAACGUCAUUCAGAAGCUACGUUUCCCUCCAUAUGUCUUCUUGGAGACAGAUGAAUACGUACGAAUUGUUGGGGAACAACUCAAGAUUCGUUGCACAACGCACAAUCCCAACUUUAACUAUAAUGUAACCUGGAGAUACACCACCAAAUCGAAACCAAUAAUAGAAGAGAUGGUCCGCUCCAGUGGAGAAAAUCGUCUGGACAUACAGAGCAUACUGACCAUCUCUGCUGUGGACCUCGCAGACACAGGAAACAUCUCGUGCAUCGGCACAAAUGAAGCAGGGGUGAACAGUUCAACCACAUACCUUCUGGUUGUGGACAAGCCCUACAUCAGGCUGUUACCUCAGCUGUCACCUAAACCGGCCCACCUGGGUCUUUCAGUUGAGGUGAACGAGGGAGAAGAUCUGGAGCUCAGCGUGCUCAUCGAAGCGUACCCUCACAUUACAGAGCACAGAUGGCACACUCCUACUUCUCCCAACACAUCCACACAGGAGCACAAGCUCAUCCGAUACAACAACAGAUACCAUGCCACCCUGCAGCUGAAGAGAAUGAAUGUGCAGGAGCAGGGCCAGUACACCUUCUAUGCUAGGAGUGAACUGGCCAAUGCUUCCAUCACAUUUCAAGUCCAAAUGUAUCAGAGACCUGUUGCUGUGGUGAGAUGGGAAAACGUAACAACGCUUACUUGCACCUCAUUUGGCUAUCCAGCCCCCAGAAUCAUCUGGUAUCAGUGUUUCGGAAUACGAUCAACGUGCAAUGAAAACACCACAGGGCUGCAGAUGGCGAUCCCCCUCCAGGCUCCUACAGUGGAGGUGCAGAGGGAGGAGUAUGGGGCUGUGGAGGUGGAGAGCGUCCUCACUGUGGGACCUUCCAGUCGAAGGAUGACGGUGGAGUGUGUGGCCUUCAAUGUUGUCGGCGUCAGCAGUGACACUUUUGCCAUGGACGUGUCUGACAAACUCUUUACUUCCACCCUCCUUGGAGCUGCAGGCAUUCUAACCAUCCUCCUUGUGCUCCUGGUUUUUCUAUUCUACAAGUACAAGCAGAAACCCAGGUAUGAGAUCCGUUGGAAGAUCAUUGAGGCCAGAGAUGGCAACAACUACACCUUCAUUGACCCCACUCAGCUGCCCUACAAUGAGAAGUGGGAGUUCCCCAGAGACAAGCUCAAACUAGGCAAGAUCCUGGGGGCAGGUGCAUUUGGAAAGGUGGUUGAAGCCACGGCCUAUGGUCUGGGAAAGGAUGACAACGUGAUGCGUGUGGCUGUAAAAAUGUUGAAAGCGAGCGCCCAUUCAGAUGAGAGGGAGGCUCUAAUGUCUGAACUGAAGAUCCUCAGCCACCUGGGACACCACAAGAACAUUGUUAAUCUACUUGGAGCCUGCACCUAUGGAGGACCAGUGCUUGUGAUAACUGAGUACUGCAGUCUCGGUGACCUCCUGAACUUCCUUCGGCAGAAGGCAGAGACGUUUGUAAACUUUGUUAUGAAUAUUCCCGACGUUACAGAGCACGCUAAUGACUACAAGAACAUCUGCGAUCAGAGGCAGUUCAUUCGGAGCGACAGUGGGAUCUCUAGUGAAUCCUCGAGCAGUUACUUAGAGAUGAGACCGAGCCAGCUGCCAAAUACAGAAUCAUCUGGAGAUUUUGUGUGCAAGGAGGAGACUGGUGACUGGCCACUGGACAUUGACGAUUUGUUGAGGUUUUCAUUCCAAGUAGCUCAGGGCCUUGACUUUUUGGCUGCCAAAAAUUGUAUUCACAGAGACGUGGCUGCUAGGAAUGUCCUCCUCACCAACCACAGAGAGGCAAAAAUUUGUGACUUUGGCCUGGCUCGGGACAUCAUGAAUGACUCCAACUAUGUGGUGAAGGGCAAUGCACGUCUGCCAGUGAAGUGGAUGGCUCCAGAGAGCAUCUUUGACUGCGUCUACACUGUUCAGAGUGACGUCUGGUCCUACGGCAUCCUUUUGUGGGAGAUCUUUUCUCUAGGCAAGAGCCCCUACCCUAGUAUGGCUGUGGACUCCAGGUUCUACAAGAUGGUGAAGCGCGGCUACCAGAUGUGCCAACCGGACUUUGCUCCACCUCAGAUCUACAUGAUCAUGAAGAUGUGCUGGAAUCUGGAGCCCACAGAGCGUCCAACGUUUAGUAAAAUCAGUCAGAUGAUAGAAAGACUCCUUGGGGACCAACCUGAGCAGGAACAGCUAAUCUACCAGAAUGUGCAGCAGCAGGUCACAGAGGGUGAAGUGUGUGACGAACUCAAGUGCUACGACGGCCCCUGUGACCAGUCUUGUGACCACGAGGAAGAGGAGCAGCCUCUGAUGAAGACCAACAACUACCAGUUUUGCUGAAAGCACCGAUCCACUUGUCAAUCAGUAAAUCAGUGGCUCACCAACCAACGUCGGGGGGAAAAGGUGGAUCUGAUGCGGCUCGUGGCAACAGCACAGCUUGUUCUGAGAUGCAAAGAGUCGCCUUCUCAGCUAUUUUUUUUUCCGCCUGUUGCGCCUGUUCUCCAGACAGACAAGCAGCUGCAGCGAACAUGUGACUUGCUUAUUUGCAGACCAUGAAAGGAGGAAACACGUCAACAAACCACACAAGCAUUCAAAGCUAUACUUUAUCCAAACCUUUUUUUUUUUUUUAUCCCUGGUGGACUGUUUAUUAGUCGUGUUUGAGGUACCACCCUGUGUGUCUCCUUUGUCCCUCAUUCUGACUGUGUUCCUAAAUAUCUAUUGUAAACUAUGUGUAUUUUAAUUUUUUAUUACUGCCUCCUAAGAGUGAUUGUCUUGUUUUUUGUGGAGAUUUAAGUUAGUUUUGUCAGCAGGAUCACUUCCUUUUCAUCAGUUAAUUGCAUGUAUGAGAGCAGCUCAACGGACACACACACUGGAUUAAAACUGUGUUGUACCCAUGUCUUUAUGCCCCAGAUAAGUUAGAUUUUAUUUGUGAUUAAGGUAGAGUCUUAAUUGUAUAUCUAAAGCACAAACUGUUUUUUUCCUCGUUUUUUCUUUUUUCUUUCAAAGCAAAAUCAACCAUAGAGAAGGCAGAGAAUGACUGUGUUUUUUUCCUCUCUGUGCAUUGGUUGUGGCUGUAAUUCUUUUAACACACUCGCAGUAGCUGUCAGUCCACAGCAACAUGUGAUCAUUACGGUGUUCAGUGUGAUUUAGGAGCAGGGAAAUCUGUAGAUCCAUGAUGGAUCAAAAGAACAAUGUCUCAUGUUUGACAAUGUGAAAGUUGUUUUUUUUUUUGCAUAGUACAACUUAAUCUUCUCAUAUCUUACAGCAUCAGAUCAGUGUUAAGAUGUAAGCUUCACCAGUGUCGGUAGCAUGUAGCAGUCAGCCUACACUGCCAAGAUUUUAGAAUGACAUAUAAGCUAGCUGAGAGAUACGAACUGCAAAUUGGUGCGAUGUAAGGCAUUUUAAAUGUGCAUGAACAAAGCACAAGUGAGAUGUCUGAUAAUGUGUGUAUCUAUAAAUCUCAUAAAUCAUAAAUUAUCUUUAUUUUCGCUGGAAUGUCGUAGAGUUGAUAGAAGCACAUCAAUAUUUCAUUUAUGUGUUUUGUGUUUUUAGUGCAAAUGAAAUAAUCAAUGUAAAAGCUGCAAAUCAAGUUGUUGAAAAACUGCCUUAAAUAAAGUUAUACCAUUGAAACUCCA